UCCUUUUCUGCUGCUUCCCCAGCGCUGCAGGUUGAAUCUAUUGCCCCUAUUUCCUGUCACAUGGGUUGGAAAUAGGAUCCCUGCUUACUACUAUCUGUUCCCGUCUCUGUGGUUGUCAGUGUAGUAGAAGCUGUGGGACCUGCCUUGAAGUUCAGGGACUUUUAAACGCCGGAUAAAGAGCGACUCCUGCACAGACCCAGACAGACAGUCAGUCAGUGAGAGAGUCAGUCCACCAUCUGCGCAUCCGUCCGUCCGUCUGUGCUGCACUUCACCUGAGAGCCGACUCUUUAAUCACACCAUGGAUUCCUGGACAGCCACAUCUGCGCUUCUUCUUCUCGCUGGGGUUAUUUCUUCUGCGGCGUUUAGUGUUUUCGACACCGAGUGUUACACUGCCAACGGAGAGGACUACAGGGGCUUCCAGAACCAGACCAGCCUGCAUGGUGGUAAACCCUGCCUCUUCUGGAACGAGACCUUCCAGCACCCUUACAACACCCUCAAAUACCCCAACGGAGAGGGCGGUUUGGGCAGCCACAACUACUGCAGGAAUCCUGAUGGGGACGUUCAGCCGUGGUGCUACAUCGCAGAUCACGACGACGGGAUCUACUGGAGAUACUGCGACAUCCCUACCUGCCAGAUGCCAGGGAACUUGGGCUGCUUCAAAGACAGUGGUGACCCGCCCACUCUGUCUGGCACCAGCGAGACCUCCAACAAACUCACCAUCCAGAACUGUAUUAGCUUCUGUAGGAAGCAGAGAUACAAGCUCGCCGGCAUGGAGUCAGGAUAUGCCUGUUUCUGUGGCAACGAAGUGGACCAGCGUGACCACGGCGAGUCGCCUAGCAUGGAGUGUAACCAUGUUUGCUUCGGCGACCACACCCAGCCCUGCGGUGGAGACGGCUGGGUCAUCAUCUUCGACACCCGAGUGGGGGCAUGUGGUGGAAACUACUCCGACCCAUCAGGGGUGAUCUACUCCCCUGACUUCCCCGACAAGUACAAUGCUGGCCGCGUUUGCUACUGGACUGUCCACAUUCCUGGAUCCUACGCCAUCCUCUUCAACUUCACCUUCUUUGAGAUCUCCGACCAGACGGACAUGGUGGAGCUCCUGGACGGCUACACCAACAAGGUGUUGGCGCGCUUCGACUGGCGCAGCCCGCCGAGGGAGCUGGUGAACGUCACAGGCGACUAUGUCAUACUGUACUUCUACUCAGACCGCACCAACCAGGCCCAGGGAUUUGCUCUGCUUUACCAAGCACUGAGAAGCCAAGACACCAGAACAAUGGAGGCUGAGGGAGCUGGUGAGGAUGAAGGAGGGAACGUCUCCAGCACGGCGGGGCCCCGGCUAGUUGGCGGCGUCACCGAGAGAUCGAACAGCACUUCUAACGGACGUUCCACCCAAAUCCUCUACGUGAUCACGUCCAGCCCCGGUAAACCGGAGCACAACAUGCCAGGUCAGUGGGCUGGACGCGGCGAGACCACCGGCCACAGCGCUAUGUGGACCAUUUACGCUCUGGCUGCUCUGCUCAUUCUGACAGUCAUAGCCAUGGUGGCGAAGCUGCUGCUGCACAUCACGGUCAAGUCUCCGAACAUCCCGACGGUCAGCGGUUCAGACAGCUGCAGCCAAAGCACGGCGUCCUCCGAGCCUUGGAUCAUCCUGUACCGACCCUCUACCAUCUCCCUCUUCAAGAAGAAGCUAAAGAACCACCACGGCGACCUCAGCCCCCUGGUGGGCAACUAGCGCCACUGCUGCGCCCCACCGUUAACCAAACGCUACCGCCACCCACAACCACUCUGUACAAGGGCCGUCAGAUGCCAUGCCCUCGGACGAUGAAACUAUACGAGGCGCUACGCCAACAAGCCAACAACUGAGUGGCUAACGACAACUGACUAAAUGCUACUAAGUGGCCCGUGGGCCGAAGUGGCUGGGCCCUCCCAUCCUGCUCAGCACCAAAGAGGAGGGGGUCAGGCAGGGCUGUCAGUGACCUCAGUGUGGGAGAGGAGAGUGAAGGAGUAGAUGGAGGACGAUCUGCAGCUCUGACAAAGACACAAGGACGCUUUUAACAUGCGGGAAGCGCCUCUGGUUCAGCGAGGCUCCAUUUCCAUCACCCACGGAUGUCCCUAACAAUCAACAUACCUCCAAAAAACCCUUCCAGACUGCAGAAUCACCUCAAACAUAGCCGGGUGCAGAAUAACGGCUAACUUCGCUGUUCACUUUAGGAAACAGAGAGGUUUACCUCUUCCUGGUGCUUCAGAGUCACAGCGGCAACCGAAUCUUCAUCCGCAUCAAGGAAAGGAUGAAGAUACACGUAUGGUGUAACACUUAACAGUUUUGUAUAACUCUUCUAACUGCCUCAUAUGGACGAUGAACACCUGCAGCCAAAAACCAGAAUCCUCCCAUCCAAAGAGUUAUAUAUUUAUUUGUCUUCUUGAUUCCAUAUGCAAAGUGCUAAUGUUUCUUUUUGAUGUGUUCUACGUGACAACCAGCUUUCUGAGGAGAAGGAAACAGGACGUGGAAAACGUCAAACGCAACGUAGAUAUCACAGCACUUUGGGGAUGAAUCACUCGCCAUAAAAUGAAAAGAUCAGAGACAGAGAGAGCGCGCUCGCCCACUCGGUCCCUCAGCGCUCAUGUGGAUUUGGGUGGAGAGAUAAGUAGCGUUGUUCACUGAAGGGGGGGGGUUGGGUGAUGCAGUUUGCAGAAAAACUGCCAUUUAGGGAGGCUUGGGAAGAUCUGAGGGCUUUUUUCCUGCUCGGUUGUGGGAGGGAGUCUUUCCGGUUUGAUGGUGUCCAAGUGCCUUAAGGAUCUCCUCUUCUCUUGUCUCAGCUGCAUCACAUCUGUUUCUUUCAUGGGUCUCCCUCACAAGAGUCUGCACUUCUUUAAAAUCAGCGUGGAUUUGAAGAGUUUCAUUCCAAAAUAGGAUUUCCACCACUUAAAUGUAAAGUUAAAAAAAAUGAUCUUGUACAGCGAUUGAAAGCAUUAAAUAUUUUAAACAUAGUACACUCAACUGAACACCUCUGCAGACUAGAUAUUUUACAUUUUUAUUACAUGAUGGACAUUAGAUGAUUUUUUUGUUUGUUUUCCAAAAUGAACACACAGCCUUUUGGGAUAGAACUCUUCAUGUAGUCGAGGCUUUAAAAUAAAUCUUUGUUUCUAAUUUCUGUGUGUGUAGUCUUGGACAUUUACUGAACAUAUUGUUCACAUUAAGUUGUCUUUUGAUUACAGGGGAGGGGGGCGAAUAAUGUUGUAUAUUAUGUAAUUCAGUGUGGGAUUGAUGAUAUUUAUGUCCGCUCUUUCAUUUUGUGCCUCGGCAAAGCAUUUGAGAGACCCGUCAAAGUACUUCCUCGUCAACUUAGCUCAAAGGUGGAAUGCAUUUUCUCUCUCCGUAGACGGCAGUAAAUUGCUUAAAUUCUACAAGAUGCUGCAGACCUGGAAGGUUUUACUUGUCACCUUGAUUUCAGGCCAUGAGGUUGAGCGCAAACAAUAUACCCAGACAGAAAUAUAACCACUCAAUGGCACGAUGCACAAGCCGUCAGCUGGUUUAUAGCUGUGAUGGUUUCUGUGCAUUGCUGUGACAUUUAAACUACUUGUGAAAGGUCAAAAUCUACUAGUCCGCCAUUGGCAUAGUAAUUGGCCUUUCCUGUCUUGGGACUGGAUGUUUCUGCAGAUGGUCACCGCAAAAACUCUUCGAAUCAGUGACAGGAUAUAUAAAGGAGAGGUUCGAAACAUCAAUGCACUUAAAUUUGCUUCUACUUACAAGAUGAAAUAGUACAUUCACUGUUGCAUUCAGUGAAAAGAUUAAAAAAGUACUUUGUGCAGCAACCUGAGCACUUGAGACAAAAGGUCACAUUUUAUACACGAUGCAGCAUCACAGUGACAUUCAAGUCAAAUAGCUUUCCAAGAAUCAGAGCAGAAUUUGAGGCGCAUAAAACAAGAAAGAACCGUUCUUUCCCCAAUCAGAAUAUUGUAAAAAUGUGUGUGUUCUGCCUGUCUGCUCGACUGUAACUCAUGUUAAUUAUUGCAAGACAAGAGCACAUGCCCCUGGGUCUGUGAUGUUCAGGGCAGACCAUGCGUAGAGAGAGGGAGGAAAAAAAAAAAAAAGAGCAAAGAUGUGAGAGCGAUGGGAAAUUAAUGUGCGUUCAAAUCAAACACAAACUAACGAAAUCUGACAGAUAAAAUCUAA